AUGUUGAUUUCGAUCACCAUUUUCCUUCUGAUCCUGCGCGUUUGGAAAUGGUUCUUGCAAAGGAAGUCUUACCCCCCUGGCCCUCUUCGGCUACCUAUCGUUGGAGGCAUGUGGCGACUUGGGUUCAAGCUUUCUAAAGAUACUUUCAUUAAGUUGGCAAAGCAAUAUGGAAAAAUCUACACUAUAUGGAUUGGUCCUGUACCGGCGGUCAUCUUUUCUGGAUUCGAAGCCGUGAAAGAAGGACUGGUGACCUAUUCCGAAUACUUUGUCGACAGACCGAUGACUCCUCUUCUGAAAAUCAUAACGAGAGAAAAGGGUAUUGUCUUCUCCAAUGGUCACACCUGGAAGCAGCAGAAGAAGUUUGGGCAGGUCACCAUGCGGAAGCUGGGCCUGGGAAAGAAAGAGCAACAAAUCGCAGAAGAAGCCGAUCAGCUGGUUGAGAUGGUUGCACGCUCGAAUGGGGAGCCGCUGGACCCUUCGUUGCUCAUCAGAAAUUCCAUCUCCAACGUGAUGUGCGCUGUGGUUUUCGGGCACCGGUUCUCUGUGGACGAUGAAGAAUUCGUCAAGUUGGUCAACGCUGUUAUGUACAGCUUGAGUUUUGCUGCUAGCUUCUUUCAUGGGCUUUACGAAAUUCUCCCCAGCCUAAUGAAACAUCUUCCGGGACCUCACCAGACGGCGUUGGCUUGCACAGAGACGGUGCUUUCCUUUGCCCGGAAGGAGAUAGAGCUCCACAAGGAGCAGGGGACGAUACACGAGCCGCAGGAUUUCAUCGAUUACUACCUGUUUCAGAUGGAAAAGAGCAAACUUGAUCCUGACACGACGUACAACGAUGAGAACCUGGCUCAGUGCAUUUUCGACCUCUUCAUCGCUGGAUCAGAGACGACUGCCACUUCUCUGCAAUGGGCGCUAGUCCUCAUGGCAAACUACCCAGACAUCCAAGAGAAAGUCUACAAGGAGAUAGACGAGGCUUUCGGUUCGGCUCACUCCAUCAGCUACCAAGAGCGGAAGAAGCUGCCCUACACCAACGCCGUGAUUCACGAAACCCAGCGUGCUGAAUUUAUGCUGCUGUUUGGAGUCCCUCGGCAGUGCGUGAAGGACGUGCACGUUCUUGGCUUUUUCAUCCCAAAGGGGGCCAUUGUUGUUCCAGACCUACGCUCCGUUCUUCUGGAUCCUGAGCGCUGGGAGACACCUGAGGAUUUCAACCCCAACCAUUUCUUGGACAAAGAUGGCAAUUUUGUGGCCAGAGAGGAGUUUCUGCCUUUUGGUGCAGGUGCCCGAGCAUGUGUUGGAGAACAGCUGGCACGGAUCGAGCUUUUUGUCUUCUUCACCAGCCUGAUACGAGCGUUCACCUUCAAGCUGCCGGAAGGAGUGAAGGAAAUUGACCGGAGGCCGAUCAUAGGGCUGACCACUCUUCCUCGUCCAUUUAAGAUCUGUGCCGUUCCACGCUAGAGCACAUCGUAGGCUACUAA